AUGGCUGUUAGGGGCACUGUUCCUCCUCCUGAUUACUACCCGUUUGACACUGCCUUAUCUGCUCAGCCGCCUGAAGAUCUGCAGGGAUUUUAUAGAGGAAGCCACCAGCUUCUUAGCAGAUCAGGCUCGCAUUAUGGGCUGGGUGCAGGGGGGGUUAGAGCUCCCUGGGAUCAAGGGCAACCUAGGGCUACUCGUGCACCUACACCUGGCCCGGUUCCACCUCCCCCUCCACCUCCUCCUCCGCCUCCCCCACCCACAGCUCACGAGUUGAAUCGUUUGUACAGGGAUUCUCUAGCCUUCCAAGACAGUCAGCGUAUUCGCAGUAGGGCCGCCUCUCCUUCGUGUUUUGGUAUUACGGCCGAUCAGGCCUCUCUUUUAGGCCAUUCUGGUUACAACGAAAUCAACGGCCUUCAUCUUGACCACCCUCCCUCCACCUGCAUCAUGAUGGAUCCUACACCCACUCCUGUUGUGGAUGGAAGUAUGCCUCGAGGAAUAUCUGCUUAUGGUACUGUACCUGCUCAAAGGUUACCCUAUGAUCCCGCAUAUGAUACCAGCACAGCUAUGAUGGCCCCUACACCUGCUCAGCUCACAGCUGGGAUCACAAACCACCACCCUUCAGCUGCUGUUACCAUGGAUCCAAAGAGGGCUGUGGAUCCAGCUUUCCUAACUUAUCUGCGUACUGAGGGUCUGUCUGAAAGCACCAUAUCCCUUCUGUUGCAGCAAGGUUUUGACUCCACUGCCAUGUUGUCCAUGAUGGAAGAACAUGAUAUCCGAUCCAUGGCUCCAAAUCUCGGCCAGGCCCGGGUACUGUCAAGGGUGGUACUUAACUGCAAGACAGGAGGCACUGGAUUGCCAACAAUGCGUGCCCGCUCCAACAGCUUUAGCCAUCGUAAUGAUCUCUACACGCAACCUCAAGGUUUAGCUAUGGACUCCCACCUUCUGCCGCAGCCUUCAAACACCUUGCAGACCGUUUCUCCAAGGAUAGGCGAGUUUGUCAACCGCAGACCAAGCAGUGCACCAUCUCAACAUCUGUUAGAAGCUACAAGUUAUCCUGGGGUCCGUUCACUUGGUGGGCUUCCGGUCAAUCCUGGGGCAUAUAGCACUUCCUUGACGCAGACACGACCACUCACGAUGUACAACCCUCAUACCGGUUUGCCGAUGUCAAGCCACCCGCAGCCACAGCAGCCAGGUAUUUUGGGUACCCCAGGUCUAGUACCCAAAGCUUUCUCCAGCCCUUAUACAGCUGUAGAGCUGAUGAAGAGAGCACCUAGUCUACCUCAUAUGCCUCAAACCCCGGGUGCUCACCCCAGUCCUCAGCUGUUGAGGAAAGGGGUUACUGCUGUAGAGAGUGCGCUCGUGUCUUCGGGUACCACGGCCCAAUCUCAAACCCUUAACCCGAACAAUAAGAUGUCUCGCCGGACUGGUCCUCCAGUCAUUGUUUCCACCAUGGCUUCACCAGAGACAAGUAUCAGGCCUCAGAUCAUGAACGGCCCCAUGCACCCCCGCCCGUUGGUGGCACUGUUGGACGGACGCGAUUGCACAGUCGAGAUGCCGAUCCUCAAAGACCUGGCAACCGUGGCCUUCUGCGAUGCUCAGUCCACACAGGAGAUCCACGAGAAGGUGCUAAACGAGGCAGUCGGCGCCAUGAUGUACCACACGAUCACGCUGACCCGCGAGGACCUGGAGAAGUUUAAAGCUCUACGCAUCAUCAUCCGCAUCGGCAGCGGAUACGACAACAUCGACAUCAAAGCCGCGGGGGAGCUGGGCAUCGCGGUGUGUAACAUUCCCUCAGCGGCUGUGGAGGAGACGGCGGACUCGACCGUGUGCCACAUCUUGAACUUGUACCGGAGAAACACGUGGCUGUACCAGGCUCUCCGUGAGGGCACGCGGGUCCAGAGCGUGGAGCAGAUCAGGGAGGUGGCGUCAGGAGCGGCGCGAAUCCGCGGAGAGACCCUCGGACUCAUCGGCUUCGGGCGCUCGGGGCAGGCGGUAGCGGUCCGGGCGAAGGUAUUUGGCUUCAGCGUGAUAUUUUAUGACCCGUACCUGCAGGACGGUCUGGAGCGGGCGCUCGGCGUACAGAGAGUGUACACACUGCAGGACCUGCUGUACCAGAGCGACUGUGUGUCUCUGCACUGCAACCUGAACGAACACAACCAUCAUCUGAUCAACGACUUCACCAUCAAACAGAUGCGUCAGGGCGCGUUCCUGGUGAACACUGCUCGAGGUGGGCUGGUGGAUGAGAAGGCUCUGGCUCAGGCGCUGAAGGAGGGAAGGAUACGAGGAGCGGCGCUCGACGUCCAUGAGAACGAACCGUUCAGUUUUGCGCAGGGACCUCUGAAAGAUGCCCCCAAUCUGAUCUGCACUCCACACACAGCGUGGUACAGUGAACAGGCAUCACUGGAGAUGAGGGAGGCAGCGGCUACGGAGAUCCGCCGAGCUAUCACCGGUCGGAUCCCAGACAGUCUGAGAAACUGUGUGAAUAAGGAGUUUUUCAUAACCACUUCAGCCUGGGGGAUGAUAGAGCAGCAGGCUGUACACCCCGAGCUCAACGGCGCUGCCUACAGGUUCCCGCCGGGCAUCGUUGGUGUGGCACCAGGGAGCAUCGCCGCGGCGAUGGAGGGCAUAGUGCCGGGCGGAGUGCCUGUAACACACUCACUACCAUCGGUCACACACCCGUCACAGGCGCCGUCUCCAAACCAGCCGUCCAAACAUGGAGAGAGCAGAGAACAUCUGACUGAGCAAUAGCAACACACAUACACACACACACACACACACACUUGUAGCACAAGCUCUUGGAAACACAUACAUUAAUACACUAACACACACACACACUCACAAUAACUCUGCAUGGCAGCCAGUAUGAACAUCUUUCCAAUGAAACCACUCGCCAUCUGGGACCAACUCGCACACACACACACACACACACACACACACACACAUCGUUGCAGCUCUUGGGACAUUAUAACUUUAUACUCGUUUUCAUUACAUUUUUCUUUUUUUUUUUUCUUCUUUUUUUUGGGAAAACGAACAACGAAGCCCCUCCCACUACGCCUCUCUUUGGAUGAUGCUUAUUUUUUUGUUCCACCAAUGGGAAAGCUCGACAUGAUGUGCUUACCGGACCAACGGCGCAACCCCUCAACUGGCCCCGCCCACCUCCUUUAGUUGAUAAUUGAUGUAUUUUUUGGUUGCUUCAUUUUCAUCAUCCAACUAAAAAAAAAAAAAAAACUAGUUCUAAAAUAUAGCUCUAUAUACAGUAUAUAUAAAUAUUUAUCAGACGAAGAUAAUGAAAAUAAAUGAGCGCCUGCCCACCAGCAGGUGAUCGACGAUAACCCUUUCCUGACCACGCCCAUUUUCCUGUCUCUGAGAACUAAACGUCUACUGGAUGAUCUUUAUAUCAGCUUUUUGUUUUGUUUUGUUUUUUUUUGACUCGGAAGCCGGCUGCUUUCUGAAAUCUUCACUUUGGAUAAAUUUGAAACGAGCAUUUGUUAUGGUCGUCGCGUAAUUCGUAAAAAAAAAAAAUCUCAUCGAUGAACAUCGUAGGAUAAACUCAUUUUAAAGAAGGAGUCGUUCGGGUUCGCUAGCGUUCACGUACUGAAAUGCAGGAAAUGCUUUUAGUUUUUUCGCAAGCUGCUAAGGCGUCAAGCAAGCCUUUCUAGAUACACUGCGUGUUUUGGGAGAACUCCGGGAUCCUUCCUCAGGUCAAAGGAUAAACUAGCGGAAGCGGGCAGCAUGCUAACGGAUCUAUGACGAUGUAGCUUGAUAACGAAACGCUGAACAAACACGAUUAAAAAAAGUGAACGAGGUCGAGAAAAACGUCCGAUGUUAAGCGUAGCUAAAGAAAACACUCAGUGCUGUGCUGUUAUGGGAAAAUAAUCAGGGACGCGUUAACGGAAGUGGAGUUGCUGCACCAUCAGUAUCAUGAAGUUGAUGCGAUUUCUGUAACAGCACACCCUGAAGUGCUUUAUUCCCUUUAUACCACGGCAAAUCACCAAACAUCAGCGUUUUACAUAAUUAAAGAUCAACACGUUGUGCUUUUUAUCCCUGUUUACGUUUAGUUAGCUCAGGCUCUCACGUCUCACUCUUUCCAGUGACACGCCAUCACCAUGCUUCUUCUUUUUCUCUCUCGUCACAUUAAUACGACCAAAUUUUAUUCAAUUUCUUUCAAAUCUGUCCAAAAUAAGGAAGCUCCAGAAGAAAGUCGGGCGUCUUCUCCGAAAAGAAACGGACAUUCUCUUACAACUCAAAGUGUCCUCAGUAAUAACUAGACAUCACUCUUAACGUUGGACUCGUAACCAUGUGGACAGGAAACACACGCCUGUGGACGACGUUCAGGACGUGGGGGAUUUUCCUUCGUGUCGAGUCGAGUCCUCGCGCUUCUUGUCCACACUUUCAGCACAUCGAUACCAGGACAGCAAAAAGACACGACGUCUCUGAACGUUUUCAUGGGGACCCCUCACUUCUAGGGGACGACUUUCUUUCUUUCUUUUUUUUCAAUUCGUAGGACGACAUAUGGAUGUUUUUUUUUUUCACCAGACGGGAGAACGAACAGGAAAGGGUUAAAGCAUUAACUUCGUUCCACAAUGACUCAGGAAAACGAGGACACACUCAUUUUUUUGCUGAUUUUUGUUGGUGUUAUUAUUAUUGUGUGUGUGUGUGUGUGUGUGUGUGUGUGAGGAAAAGAUAGUAAAAAAAUCAAUUUGAAGAGAUUCCACAUGAAUGAGUUGCAGUAGUCUGAUCUCCUCCUCUCCUUCAUUUCCUUUUCUUUUCGUGGUAUUUUUUAUAAAAGCAGACAUCCCACUUUUUCUUUUUUUUGUGUUUAAAAUAAUAAUGUGAAUACGAAAAAGAAAAACAAAAAAAAGUUUUGCAGUCCUGAUAGAUUUGUAUUGACUAGUUCAGUGUUCCUAUAACCAUAGUCUGAUGUGAUCUGCCCAGUUCUCUCUCUCUCUCUUUUUAUUUUUUUGUGUUCAGUUUUUUUUUUUCUUUGCGCGGAUGAAAGCCGUCCCGUUCGGAGUCACAGCAAUAGAACGACACUCGCAGAAACACCGUUCAGCCAGCACUAUCGUUUGAUUUCCUUUUUAAUUUGUUUGUUUCUAGCGUGAGUAUUUGUAUUUGUUUCUUGUACAAGGUGAACAUUUAGCGGUCGGUGCAGUUCCAAUAAAAAAAAAAAAAAGAACGAGUUCUGAGAUCCGUCUCGUGUGCUUUUGUGAUGUCAUAUGUGUUUCACUUCAUGUCGAGACGUUGAUGCGUAUUGAUGCUCCUGUCCUGUUAGCGAUGGACCGAUGCGACACCACAUUUGGGUAUUAAACACAAAGCUG